AUGGCGGUGACAACCGCGGCGCGAGUGGUUCAUACGAAUUUAAGCAUUUCUAUCAAGUCGCGCGAGUCGCUGAACGCGAGAGUGUUGAAAUUGUGUUGCGCGAGUGUUGAACUGAUGACUAAGACGCUAAUCGCUUUGGCGAUGAUGUUUACAUACCCGCUGCAGUUUUACGUGCCUGUGCGUAUCACGUGGCCGGCGUUGCGUUCUCGGUGCGGUGGUCGCGCGUUGGUCGCCAAGGAGCUCGGUUACCGUGCGCUACUGGUUUUGCUUACUUUCAUCCUAGCCGAGUCGAUCCCUCAACUGGGUCUAUUCAUAUCGUUGGUUGGCGCAGUGAGCAGUACGGCGCUGGCUCUGGUGUUCCCGCCUCUUAUCGAGCUGGUGAUGACGUCACAGAAGGCCGGAGGAGUCCACCCGCUCACCGUAGCCAAGGACAUAGUCAUUAUUUUACUUGGCCUGUUCAUCUUCGUCACUGGCACUUACGAAAGUGUAGCUUCAAUAGUAAGAGCUUUUAAGCAGUAAGCAGUAGGUUUGAUUUCACAU